GAAACUUCAGGUUUGCACAAGUCCUUGACAUACUUAUACCCCAUUAGAACCUGAAACCUACUAGACGCCACUAGCAAGACUCCUUGCGGUGCCCUUGAUACCGAACUCGUGCCAACACGUGGGUGUGGAGGGUCAACAACCGGUUUAGACGAGUCCACUUUGGAUGCAAACAUUUAGUUUCCUCUGGACCAUUCACAAUCUCUUGGUAUAAUAGACCACGGACCAGUCAAGUUCGAGUCACCUCUUCUUAUAUACUCAUCCUUGGCUUUGCAAAGUACUCGUCAUGUACGGCAACACUAAACCAUUCCUAUCUAUCACAUCUGCCCACUUGUUGUCUGGACUCUUCGCCUUUAUCUAUGUCGGUUCCAUUUAUGCUUUCAAGAAUGCUCGUCUUCGGUUCUCCAAGAGGAAGGUUAACCUUCCAGAAGGGCAGGCUAGGCUCAAAUUGCAAAAUGAACGUUGGAGAGAUGAUCCGGAUGUUAUCAAGGCGCGACUACUUGCCGUUACCAGCGCCACUUUGAUCUGCUGUCUCAUCGUAUUCGUCGUGAUGAAGAAUUCAAACCGCGAUGAUGAAUUUCAUAACCUUACCACAGAUGCGUGGCUUCACCUUGGAUUCACAUGGUCCAACGCACUUGCCCUCCUGAUAACCCCAUUGUUAUUUUCUGGGCCGCUCUACGUUCAAUUUCUCGAAAAGACACUACCAUUCCAAAAGGACUGGAAUUUUGAAGAUGAUGUCCUGUUUCGAUUUUUCUCGAUCGUCGGUCUUCGAAAUUAUUUUGUUGCUCCGAUCACCGAAGAAAUCGUGUUUCGCGCUUGUGUUCUCACCGUCUAUCAUUUGGCAGACGCCUCCAGGACGAAAAUGAUUUUUCUCAGUCCUUUGGUCUUUGGUGCAGCACACAUUCAUCACGCCUUUGAAACAUACCACAGGUAUGGCCGUACGGCCACUGCGGCAAAACGUGCACUUAUAUCUACUACCAUACAAUUUACAUACACGAGCAUAUUCGGAUUUUACUGCUGCUAUUUGUUUCUUCGCUCCGGAUCAUUGCUCCCACCCAUUGCAGCUCACAUGUUCUGCAACAUUAUGGGUAUACCCCAACCUAACUAUGAAAUAAGUCUGAUGCCUCAUCGAAAGCUAUCCAUUUCAGCCGCGUAUCUUUUCGGUAUUAUCGGCUUCGUUUUCAUGCUCAAGCCUUGGUCGUACACGGAUGGCAGCUUAUACUGGCAGCGAAACUAGUUUCCUCGAGCCUCCGACCUAUGCGUGCUGUUUGACAGUGAUUGCGCCCUUGUCCGCCUGCAUGAACCUUAACCUACCUACACCCUACAGGAUUGGACAUAUUUUAUGCGGCUUGGUUGGAUUCCACUAUCUAUAUCAAUAAUCACCACCAGCUCUGAUCAUUUUGUAUACCGCGACGCUCUUGAAAUCAAGCGCCGUCAUGAUCACUCAAAACCCUUUUGACGAAAGUUGGGCCGUGCAAGGACUUGAAGUUGUUGUAUCACUGACUUGCUACGUGUCACUACCU